AUGGCCACGACGACAGGGGCUUUCAUUGCAGGAGGCAUAGCCGCCUGUGGUGCGGUGACUGUGACGCACAGCUUCGAGACUGUCAAGAUUAGGCUGCAGUUGCAGGGAGAGCUGCAAUCGAAGGGCGAUGCGGUCAAGAAAUACCGGGGUGUCUUUCACGGCGUGAAAGUCAUUCUACAGAACGAAGGUCCCCGUGGGUUGUUCCGGGGAAUCGACUCUGCUUAUAUCUACCAGAUUCUUCUCAACGGAUGCCGUCUUGGCUUUUACGAGCCCUUGCGCAAGGGAAUCACGACGACCGUCUACAACGAUCCGAACGUCCAGUCGCUCGGCAUUAAUGUCUUCUCCGGUGCCGCGUCCGGUAUCAUUGGUGCAGCAUGCGCCUCUCCAUUCUUCCUCGUGAAAACCCGCCUCCAGUCGUAUUCUCCUUUCCUUCCCGUCGGCACACAGCACCAGUACCGCAACUCGUUCGACGGCCUGCGCCAGAUCUAUACCUCUGAAGGAGCUCGUGGCUUGUACCGUGGUGUGAAUGCGGCGAUGGUCCGCACGGGUUUCGGUAGCUCCGUCCAGCUGCCGACGUACUUUUUCGCGAAGCGUCGUUUGGUCAAGCACCUCGGCAUGGAGGAAGGUCCAGCUCUUCAUCUGGCUAGCAGCACGGCAUCUGGAUUCGUCGUUUGCUGUGUGAUGCACCCUCCGGACACGAUUAUGUCCCGCAUGUACAACCAAACCGGUAAUCUCUACAAGAGCGCUUUCGAUUGUCUUGCGCAGACAGUUCGCACGGAAGGUAUCCUUGCGAUUUAUAAGGGCUACUUCGCCCAUCUGGCCCGCAUUUUGCCCCAUACUGCAAGUGCCCAUUCGUACCGACGUUCUGCACUGGAUGGAAGCUGA